AUGGGUGGAAAUAAAAAACCGACGGGAUUGAAAAAACCGUUGGUUUAUCAUUCGAGCAUACCCGCUCAUAUAAGAUCGAUAGCACAAAAUAUAACGGGUGGUAAAAUUUCAUCUAAAAACAUAUUAUCGGAUAACGUUUUGGAACAAAGCGUGGGUUUCAUAGCCGAAAGUCCGACGAAAACGUAUAAAAAAAUAGCAAACGUUAAAAAAAAUUUAAAAUCGACGACAAAGGAAGAUCAACAAAAAAAAUCAUCGCCCGGAAAAUAUUUACUAAAAACGGUAUCACCGACUCCGACUCCGACGUCACCCGUGUCGUCGUGUCGACGUCCGACAAGUCUUCAAACAAACGUUUCUUCCGGUUACGAAUCCGAAUAUCAAAGUUCGGAUGUCGGAAGUUGUUGGGAAUGGACGGCGGCUGAAGUUUUAUGGAAAUGGCAAAAUAAUAAUUUAAAAACUAAAAAGGUGAGUGAAAAUAAUAAAAAAAAUUGCAACACGUCAUCAUUUCUCGGUUGCACGGCGCGUCACGCGUCCACAGGAACAUUUCUCCAUUCUCUUAAAAAGGGUCCGCGAAACACGUCGUGUGGUGGUGGCAGCGGCAAAGAGAGUAGUGGUUAA